AUGUUAUCAUCAUCAUCACCGGCGGCCACCGCCGCACAUCCUCCUCCUCCGUCGCCGGAAACAAACCAAAUCCCUCUGAAUUUACUUUCCUCGCCGCAGAUUAACCGCCGAUACCUUUUCAAAGCUCUCUCGUUAUGUCUCGCGGCACCGUCACUCUCCUUCUCCACCGUCGCACCAGCUUACCCACGCGGUCUCUUUCAAAUGCCGCCUCUCCGGCUAUCUAAUCGUUAUUACCUUGUGAGAGCUGGAGAAUCGGAUUACGAAAGCUUGGGGAUAAUCAACACAAACCCGGUUGCUAAAACAUCGGUAGAUAGCGGAUUAUCUGAGAAAGGUAAGAAACAGACAGUGAGAGCUGCGUUACAGUUAAAGGCAAUGGGAGCUUGUGACCGAAACUGUUGGCUCUGGCCUUCCAUUACACAGAGAGCUUAUCAGGCUGCCGAAAUCAUCGCCUCCAUUAACGGAAUUAGUCGCAGCUAUAUAGUUCCAGAGUAUAGCUUUCUUGAUGCUCGUGGUUUAGGAGCCUACGAAGGCAAGAAGCUAGAUUCCAUAUCAGAAGUGUAUGCAUUAGACUCGAUAUCCAUGAAGACAAAACCUCCUCCUAUAAGCGACGGUACGCCCAACGAGAGCGUCUCGGAUGUAUUCGUGCGUGUGACGCAGCUCAUGUCCAUUCUCGAGACUCAGUACUCAGAGGACACAAUUGUCAUUGUUUCGCCUGAUUCAGACAACUUAUCUGUGUUACAAGCUGGUAUUCAAGGCCUUGAUCUUCGAAGGCACUCGGAGUUGUAUUUUGGACCAGGAGAAGUAAGAUUGUUAGAUGCAAACAGCAUUCCUGUGUAUAAGCAACCUGCUUCUGGUGUAUAUAAAUGUACAAACCCACCAAACUGUGACUAA